AGCUAAAACUCACACAAAAUCAUACAAGAAAUCAGCAGAAUUAAUUUGGAUCUGAUCAAAAUGGAAGCACCUACGCUUAAUAAGGAUGAAGUUGAAUAUUUCCUAACUGACAUUCUACAGAUUCACAACUGGAAUGAACAACUAGGGAAUAACAGGGUUGAAUUUCUGAAUCAUUUAAUGAUCAAAUACCAGCAGAUUAUACCUUUUCAGACAAUAACGCUUAUGAGUGAAGAUGUCGAGUCUCGGACAGUUCCAAAAUGGAGUGAAAUUAAAACGGACAUUUUUGCAAAAACGGGCGGUAUGUGCCACACAAUGAAUACAUUUAUGUGGGCACUACUGAAAGGACUAGGAUAUGAUGUAUAUCUUGUUUUAUCAAGUGUAGUCUCAAUUGAACAAUACUUGAAGAAAAAUCUUGAUCAUACAAUUGUAAUAGUCCGUGAUCUCACGAUAAAAGGAAGCCUACAUGUUGUCGACUGUGGGCUUGGACUGGCGAUGCGUGAGGCCAUUAUCAUCAAGAACCCGACAAAAGACCAAGACAGCCUAAAUGAAACAAUCUACCAAGGUUCAAAUGAAAUCUUCAAAUAUGUCAGAACAGAAGGAGGAACUUAUGUACGCUACCAUAAGAAGCCGAAAAAAUGGGAAUCAACCAAUGACUGGCGACUUUCUUAUUGGUUCGACAUCCAGCCAACUGAUUUUGCCGAAUUUUAUUACGACCAUGCAUUGAGAAUCUACCUUGGAACUCCAAUGGAGGAAAUUCACCAUUUUCACUACAUCGUGUUCCUAACACGUUUAGAUGGAGAAAGACGAAUCAAGAUUAAAAACUAUGAAAUCAUGGUUGAGAAUGAAGAACACAUCAUGGAGACUAGUGACAUACCCCAAGAUGAACUGAGUGAUCAUAUCAUAAGAUAUUUCCCAGGUUUCAAAGGCAAGGAAGAUAUUAUGAAGAAGGCAUUUGAAAAUAUGGAGAAAAUUAAAGAAAGACUAUCAAUUAAAAAGUCAUAACAAUUCAAGUAUAAAAUACAUAUAAUAUAAAAUACACAAAGUACCUGAGAAAUCCAAAUUUGAUAAGGCUUCAAAUACAAGUGGGCAUUUUUUGUAUUUACUGAAUGAUAUCCUGUGUAUUUUGUAUUUUAAAUGUUUUGAAUUAAAAAUUAUGACUUACACAUUUAACAUGUUUUGUUGGAAAUUUCAUCUUCAGUGAAU